CGUGGAGGCUGUCGGGAGACUGGGUUUGAUUCGAGCUUCCCCAGCUGUGCCGGGGGUUGCCAUUGACCCGGCGUCGCUGCAGAACUGAGGUCGCCAAAUGAUGAUGUUGUGAAGUCGGCUUCCCGUCCCUGCCACGCCCGGGCGGUUACUGGCAGCGGCGGCAGCUUAGGCUGCUGCUCUCGGCCGCCGCUCUCAGGCUGCCGCAGCUCCAGAGGCUUCUCUCCGAGGGAGCGCUGGCGGACGACGCAGGACGCCGGGCCACUCUGGUCAUGACUGUCCAAGGUAUGAUAAUCACAUGAGAGCACCCAUUGCUACAGAUGUCAUUUGACUCAUCAGAGAAAAUCUAUCUAAAAGAAAAUAUCCAUAUGACCAAAUCCAUUUCUUUAUUGAAUGGCUUGAUGGAUUUUCUUUACUCUGAUUCAUACCAAAGCUGUCCUCCUCAACCAAAGCAAGAAAGGAUCCUGCAUGAAUCAGUCCCAGAAUGCCAUUUUUAUGUCACCAACAGGUGAAGAAAACCUCAUGAAUAGCAAUCACAGAGACUCGGAAAGCAUCACUGAUGUCUGCUCCAAUGAAGAUCUCCCUGAAGUUGAGCUGGUGAAUCUGCUGGAAGAACAGCUACCACAGUAUAGGCUAAAAGUAGACUCUCUAUUUCUGUAUGAAAAUCAAGACUGGACUCAGUCCCCACACCAGCAGCAACAUGCAUCUGAUGCCCUCUCUCCAGUCCUCGCUGAAGAGACUUUCCAUUAUAUGAUUCUAGGCACAGACAGGGUGGAGCAGAUGACCAAAACUUACAAUGACAUCGACAUGGUUACACAUCUCCUGGCAGAGAGAGAUCGUGAUCUGGAACUCGCUGCUCGAAUUGGACAAGCUCUCUUAAAACGAAACCAUAUCUUAUCUGAGCAGAAUGAAGCCCUGGAGGAGCAGUUGGGACAAGCCUUUGAUCAAGUUAAUCAGUUGCAGCAUGAGCUAUCCAAGAAAGAUGAGUUACUUCGAAUUGUCUCCAUCGCUUCUGAAGAAAGUGAAACAGAUUCCAGCUGUUCUACACCUCUUCGGUUCAAUGAAUCCUUUAGCUUAUCUCAAGGUUUACUGCAAUUGGACAUGCUGCAGGAAAAGCUCAAGGAACUGGAAGAAGAGAAUAUGGCUCUUCGAUCAAAGGCUUGUCACAUAAAGACAGAAACUAUUACCUAUGAAGAGAAGGAACAACAGCUUGUCAAUGACUGUGUUAAAGAACUCCGUGAAACAAAUGCUCAGAUGUCCAGAAUGACUGAAGAAUUGUCAGGGAAGAGUGAUGAACUGAUUAAAUACCAAGAAGAGAUCUCUUCUCUCUUGUCUCAGAUUGUAGAUCUUCAGCACAAACUUAAAGAACAUGUGAUUGAGAAGGAAGAACUAAGACUUCACCUACAAGCUUCCAAAGAUGCCCAACGACAACUGACAAUGGAGCUACAUGAGUUACAAGACAGGAAUAUGGAGUGCCUGGGAAUGUUACAUGAAUCCCAAGAAGAAAUAAAGGAACUUCGUAGUAAAUCUGGCCCUACUGCUCAUCUCUACUUAUCCCAGUCAUAUGGAGCUUUUACUGGAGAAUCGUUGGCAGCUGAGAUUGAGGGGACCAUGCGUAAAAAGUUGAAUUUGGAUGAGGAAUCUUCUCUCUUUAAACAAAAAGCCCAACAGAAACGGGUAUUUGAUACUGUCAAAGUUGCCAAUGACACAAGAGGCCGCUCUGUCUCAUUCCCAGCUCUGCUGCCCAUCCCAGGCUCCAACCGUUCAAGUGUCAUCAUGACAGCAAAACCCUUUGAGUCUGGUUUACAGCAAACAGAGGACGAAACACUCCCCAACCAGGGGAGCAACUCGGAGGAGGUUCCAAGGAACUCCCAGAAGACGGACCAGCCAGGACCUUCUGGAGAGAGUGAUUUGGCCACAGCACUGCAUCGCCUUAGCCUGCGUCGACAGAACUAUUUAAGUGAGAAGCAGUUCUUUGCUGAAGAAUGGGAGCGGAAGAUCCAGGUUCUGGCUGACCAGAAGGAAAGGGCUAGUGGCUGCAUCACCCCCACAGAGAGCCUUGCCUCUCUCUGCACCAACCAGUCAGAGUUCACAGAUUUCAGCAGUGCCAGUUGCCUUCGAGGUUUUAUGCCAGAAAAAUUACAAAUUGUCAAGCCCCUGGAAGGAUCACAGACUCUGCAUCACUGGCAGCAGCUUGCUCAACCAAACUUGGGAACAAUUCUUGAUCCCCGACCAGGUGUCAUUACUAAAGGCUUUACCCAGUUGCCCAAGGAUGCCAUCUAUCACAUUUCAGAUUUAGAAGAGGAUGAAGAGGAGGGUAUAACUUUUGAGGUUCAGCAGCCUCUUCAAGUGGAACAGAAACCUUCAAUAUCCAAGCCAGUAACAGGGAUCUUCCUACCGUCCAUUACUUCAGCAGGUGGACCGGUUACAGUUGCAACCUCAAACCCAGGAAAGUGUCUAUCAUGCACGAACUCGACAUUCACCUUCACCACUUGUAGGAUAUUGCAUCCCUCUGACAUCACUCAGGUUACCCCCAGCUCUGGGUUCCCUUCGUUAUCCUGUGGAAGUAGUGGUAGCAGUUCAUCAAACACGGCUGUGAAUUCUCCUGCCAUGUCCUAUAGACUCAGCAUUGGUGAAUCCAUCACCAACCGACGAGAUUCUACCAUAACCUUCAGUAGCACCAUGAGUUUGGCCAAACUUCUACAAGAGCGAGGCAUCUCUGCCAAAGUGUACCACAGCCCAAUUUCAGAGAACCCCCUCUUCCAGCCACUCCCUAAAUCCCUAGCCAUCCCUUCCACACCACCAAAUUCACCGUCUCACUCACCUUGCCCUUCUCCUUUGCCCUUUGAGCCUCGAGUACAUCUCUCUGAAAACUUUUUGGCCUCCCGACCAGCUGAAACAUUCCUCCAGGAGAUGUACGGCUUGAGGCCCUCCCGAAGCCCUCUUGACAUUGGCCAGUUGAAGAUGAAUUUAGUGGACAGGCUGAAGAGACUGGGGAUAGCCAGAGUGGUCAAGGCCCCUGAUGCCAAGGAGAAUGGAAGAAACCAAGAGGCAGAAACUGGGCUUCAAAAACCAGAUUCUGCUGUUUAUUUGAAUGCACGUAGCAAUUUAUUGGGUGGACUCAGGAGGAAUCAGAGUCUUCCAGUCAUGAUGGGUAGCUUUGGCGCCCCAGUUUGCACAUCCUCACCCAAAAUGGGUCUCCUGAAGGAGGACUGAGGUCAGCAGUUAGCUGAGCUCCUGCACGGAUCAGCACAUGAAGGGUAGAUAUGCACUGAUGCAUGUGGUCUGGCCUGACUUGAGAGAAAAGGAAUGUUGCAGAAAGGCUGUGAAUGUGGGAAGGGGGACGUGGAGGAAUGGAAACAAAAUUGGGAUGAGGCCCUAAUGGAUGAAGUCUCAUAAAUCGAAAGUAUAAAUGAAUGGGCCGUGAGUAUUUGGAGGCAGAAAAGGAAGAAAGGUUUAAUACACUCCUUCAGUUGAGUUUUCUUGCCUUGAAAAUAAAAAGUGAAUAAAAAAUAAAUUCAGUAAUACUGAAACAUACCAGAGAUACUGAACUUGCUGGCACAUUUACUUCUGGUGAGCAUGGACAAGGGGAACCCAGGUUAGAAAGAUGGGAGGAGAAAAAGGAGUGACUGUUGCUUAUAGAAAGCUGUUCUGAAGCGUCGGUGGGGUAAGCUCAGUCUGUUAUCUGAGAUAACAGUGACAUGGCUUAUAUGUUUCCCCUGCUAGUGUUGGAUUAAAUUACGCAUCCAUCAAAUAGGAUGCUCACAGCAUUAGCAAAAUAAAGAAUUUUAUCUUUUUCAUUAGAUCAGAAGUGGAGACUCCCUUUUUCCUUUCUGUGUUCAGGCCUUUGAGCUACUGGCAGCCCAAACACCACUCAAAUUCCUUUGUAUUUAUCAUUAAUAAAAGUUCAUUUUUUUAAAUUUGUAUUUUUAUACAACCUCCAAAAAGAACCCAACAUAGGUAAGGGGUGGGAGGGAUUUACUUUUAAGAAGGAAAAUAUGGGUAUAUUGGAACCAAGGAAACUGGUUUUUAGAAUAUUUCUUCAGGAUAAACGCAGUAGUGAAGGAAUACAAACAUAAUUGCAUGUCUUUCAGAUUUCCUUAGAGGUGGGACAGGGUUAAACCAAAAGUGCAAUCAUAGGAAUUAGGGAAUGUUGUAUAUUUAUGUAUGUAAAAUUUUUUGUGAGGAAAGUUGGUUGCAAGUAAACCAACUUUUUCCAAAGUGUGCUAUGCAUAUUUUUAAUGAAAAGUGACAUGUAUUUGCACAAAAAUUCUCAGGCAUAUUAAAUUAUAAACUGAGGUAAAACCCA